GGUGUCGUUUGGUUCACAUAUUUGUAACGCAAUGGGUAACUGAUAACGUUAAAUCAUGUUUGUUUUAGUCUAACCGUAAUUAGAUACCACACUAAAAAUUGAGCCUAUUCAAAUUUGUUACCGCCAGUAAUCGAGCGUAAAUCAUUACUAUUACCAUUUGCGUUACAUUUCUUGAACCAAACAGAGAUUAGGAGAGAUCACACGUCAAAUAGUGGCCGACAAGCCAGUAGCCAUUCAGUUACGCCCUCGUCGCCGUCGCCGACCACUCCUCCCGCCGCGUCACCGAGAAUAUAACUUUGUUGGCCCACCCAACUCAAGCAAAUUGACCUGGACGGACGAACUGAUGAAGAGAGUCGAUGUGGGCGGUGAGGAAUCAGGUUCCUCCACCUCUUCCCUCCCCCACGGCAAAUGCAAAUGCAAUGCUGCCUCUGCGUAUAUAUACCUUGUUUAUUAUAGUUAUCCUGAUUCACGCCGGAAAAAAUGUAUUUUUUUUCAGUUCAAAAUUGGAAGACAGGAAAAUAUGGGAAGGAAAUAUGCGCCGCCGCCAACUUCCCUUUCGGUGCUCGCCGUCCGGCUCCGGCCAGGGAUGGAUGCUGAGGUCAGCGAGAUGGUCACUUGUCACCCAGAGAGCAGAGCGCCAUCUUCUCCGCGCGGCCGGGUAGGUAGGUAGCUAGCCGCCAUAGCAAGCUAGGCCGAAGCAGAGGAGUGAUGGCCAAGGUCCACCCCAACGCCGCGGAGUCCGUCCAGGCAGAGGCCGAGGGAGAGCUGCCCACGGUGCUGACGGUGUGGCGCAAGUCGCUGCUCUUCAACUGCGACGGCUUCACCGUCUACGACGCCCGCGGCGACCUGGCCUUCCGCGUGGACUGCUACGCCGGCUCGUUCCGCCGCCGGCGCCGCGCCGACGUCGUGCUCAUGGACGCCACGGGGAAGCCGCUGCUCACCGUGCGCCGCAAGACGCGGUUCGGCUUAGCGGAGCGCUGGGUCAUCUACGACGGCGACGCCGACGACGGCACGACGGCCGGGGCCACGCCGCUGCUGUCCGUCCGCCGCCGCCGCAUAGGCGCGUGCUGCAAGACGCUGGCGCUCGCCCGCCCCCGCCCCCGCUCCGCCGCCGCGGGAACCGACGCACCGUCGUACGUGGUGGAGGGUUCCUACGGUCGGCGCGCCUGCGCGGUGCGCGACGCCCGCGGGGGCGCCGUCGUCGCGGAGGUGCAGAGGAAGGAGGCCGUCGGCGACGACGUGUUCCGCCUCGUCGUGGCCGGGCCACGCCUCGGCGCGCCGCUGUCCAUGGCGCUCGUCAUCGCCCUCGACGACAUGUUCCGCGGCGGCUGGUCGGCGCGGUCGCUGCUGCGCAUGAGCUCGCCGGCGUAGUACUUUCACUAGCUAUAGAAGCCACGAGAUGGAGUGGAGCCCAUAUACCAGGGACUCUCCCUGUUACACGUGUACCGUUACAGUGACCCCGGGCCCAGUUGUCAGCGUCAGCAGAGUUUAUAAUGCAGGCUGCAGCAGGGGCAGGGCUAACCCAAGCAAUAUUUAGAUACUAGAAUUUUCAGUUCGAAUGCGUAAAACAGUCGGUUCUCUGCCAAAUCAAUCAAAUAUGAAAAAACUAUAUAUUUGCAA